AUGUUCCGCGCAAAACUGGUCGCAGGGGAACGGGCCCUCGAUCCUGAGGCCCAUACCCACGGGAUGAUUAUCCCGAUAACCGACAGGUGGGCCCACGCGAUCCACGAGCCCGAGAAGGGGUGCCUCCUCAUCGCGACCGAGAAGCUCGACGGGGUCCACAUAUUCGAGCGGACCGUCGUCCUCCUCCUCUCGAUCGGGUCCGUCGGCCCGAAGGGCCUCAUACUCAACCGACCCUCACUCAUGUCUAUCAAGGAGAUGCGGUCAGCCUUAGUGGGCGUCUCGGGCCCUUUCUCGGGCCGGCCGCUGUUCUUCGGAGGCCCGCUGGAAGACGGGCUUUUCCUGAUGGGCCUGAGAGGCACGUCGGCGGGCUUUUUCGAUGAGGUGAUGGAGGGAUUGUACUAUGGGACGAAGGAGAGCAUGGGCUGCGCGGCGGAGAUGGUGAAGAGGGGGGCGGUGGGGCCCGGGGACUUCAGAUUCUACGACGGCUACUGUGCAUGGGAAAUGGGUCAGCUGAGGGAUGAGAUACGGGCUGGGUAUUGGACCGUGGCUGCCUGCAGCUCGAGCGUGAUUGGGCUGACUGGGGAGGAGAGUGUUGGGCUUUGGGAGGAGAUUAUGGGCCUCGUGGGACCGAGAAAAGUUUGGUGA